AACCCACAUACCCACAAUCAGCAAUCAGAAUUCGGUUGCGUUCAAGGUCAAUGACCGAAGACCGAGUUAGGAUGUAGGCAACAAUAUAAAGGGGAGUUUAUUGUUAUUGCGAAAUAACGAAACAUUAUCUUAUGUAGCAACCUACUGGUGUGAGAGUGCAAAAUACAUUUUUUAGGAAUUGUGGUCUCGCAAAAUAUAAUACAUUUCUAUGAUUGGUCAUCAGUCAGUCGGAUUAUGAAAUGGAGAAUUUUCGCGAAUUCUUAUCAAGCUUAGGAAUCUUUGUUGAGGACGAGCUUGAAACCGAUUACUCUGAAGAUUACGAUCACCCCGAUCCCCCUAAAAACUAUCUCAGCUCUUUUGAUUUUCAAGAGGAAGCACUCCGUCAACUACAGUCCAGUCCCCUGAAUGAGCCUGAUGACUUCGAAGACGAUUCUGGGGGCGACGAGGGACUUUUAUUCAAUGGAACUGGUUUGGCGCUGUUCCAAAGCCAACCUCAGCAGCAUCAAGAGGUCGAGCAAAACUUUUCUCAGGGUUCUGCUGGAAGCUUCUUUGAUGUGCAACCAGAUGAGCUUUUAGGCGUUGAAAAUGAGAGAGUCAAUAAUGCCAGUCUACAAAGUGUUCCUAAUUCGAUGUAUCCCGUUGACAAUCUUUGCAGAAUUAGCAUUAUUGCUCCAAAGUACAGAUCAAUCUUCAAAAAUAUUCCAUUCUUCAAUGUGAUCCAAUCUAAAGUUUUGGAUCCUGUUCUGAAUUCUGAUCGGCCUGUGGUGGUUGCUGCGCCAACUGGAUCAGGAAAAACGGUCAUUUUUGAGCUUGCCAUUGUUUGGCUGCUCAUGCAAAUUGAAAGAGAAAGUCCAGGCUGGACCGACUUUAAAAUCAUCUACAUUGCUCCAGUGAAAGCACUGUGCUCAGAACGCCUGGCUGAUUGGAACGAGAAAUUUGGGUCAGUCGGACUCUCUUGCAGUGAAGUUACAGGUGAUAUGGAGAACACGUAUAAUUCGGCCCUGCGCAAACACCAGAUCAUUCUGACCACUCCAGAAAAGUGGGACUCAAUGACUCGACGUUGGAAGGACAACAGAGGCCUGGUCCAGCAUGUCAGGCUUAUUUUGAUUGACGAGGUGCAUUUGCUUAAUGAGGAGCGCAGGGGUCCCAUUCUGGAAGCUGUGGUCAGCAGGAUGAAAACUGUCCAGCUGAGUCUUGAGCUUGAAGGCCACGUUCAGGGAGUGGGGCCAAAAGGCAUCAGGUUCCUUGCCGUGUCUGCCACCAUUCCAAACAUUGAAGACAUUGCUCAGUGGCUUGGCUGCAGAAGCCCUCAGCUUCCUCUACACUUCAGCGUGUCAGAAGACGAGCGGCCAGUGAAGCUGAAAAAAAUUGUGUACGGCUAUGAUAGCCGUCCAGGCUGGUCGUCGUUCAGAUUCGACAUGCAGCUCAACUACAGACUGAAAGAAAUUUUGCUCAAACACUCAGAUGGGAAACCCAGUCUUAUUUUCUGCAGCACAAGAAAGAGCGUGACGCAGUGUAGUGACAUUCUGAUCAAAGAACUAGUGUUCAUGCCUUCUCCAAAGCAAAAGGAGGAUAUCAAAUCUAUGGUUGGAAAGUUGAUGGACAAGAAAAUCGGCGAGGCAUUGAACAGAGGUGUUGGAGCUCACCACGCAGGAAUGCACAAAAACGAUAGACAAAUCGUGGAGAACCUCUUCAAAAAUGGAUCUCUUCCUGUUCUUGUGUCAACCUCAACCCUAGCGAUGGGGGUAAACCUGCCUGCGCACUUGGUGGUGAUCAAGUCGACUGAGCAAUACAUUGGCGGCACCUACGCGGAGUACGGCGAGAAUGCAGUUUUGCAGAUGAUGGGAAGGGCUGGCAGGCCGCAGUAUGACACCUCCGCCACCGCAGUCAUCAUGACCAAGAUGAGCCAGAAGGCCAAGUACGAAAGACUUGUUGGGGGUAAGCAGGCCAUUGAAAGCACCCUACACAGACACCUGGCUGAGCACCUGAACGCUGAGGUUGUGCUGCAGACCAUCACAAACCUCAACUUGGCCAUGACAUGGCUCAGGUCGACCUACUUGUACGUCAGGGCCUGCAAGAACCCCCGCGCGUACAACUUGCCCAAUGACAACAGGGUGGAAACUCAUUUGAAUAAUUUGUGCAUGAAGGAGAUGACCGCAUUGGCCAAGUGUGGUGUGGUGAUCAUGGAUGGUUGCAACAUUACUUCCACCGAUGCAGGCAAAAUCAUGGCAAAGUACUGCCUCAGUCUGCAGAGCAUGAAUAAGUUUUUCGAGAAUGUAAAAAAUGCAAUGACUAUGGAUAAUUUGCUGCACGUCGUUUCAAAGUGCUCUGAAUUCGAAGAGUACCAGCUCAGAGUGAUUGAAAAACGCACCCUCAAUGAACUGAAUAAGAAGAUCAGGUACAAGGUGGCUGGAAAGGUGCAGAGCAUCCAUUCAAAGGUGUUUGUGCUGAUCCAAGCCAACCUGGAUGGCCUACAGUGCCAAGACGUCGCCUUACAGCAGGAGUCUUUCAAGAUCAUGAAAGUGGCUCAGCGAGUGUCUAAAUGCCUGGACGAGUUCAUCAGGAGUAAGUUCCCCGCGGACUUUUCCUCGGUGCUGAAUGCCCUGCUGCUUUCAAAAUCAAUUGGGAAGUCAAUGUGGCACGACUCAAACCUGGUGGCCAAGCAACUGAACGGUAUUGGCCCGAAAUAUGCAGAAAACCUAGUCGCCGCGGGAAAAUCCUCCUUCAGGUCUAUCAAGGAGUCCAACCCGCGAGACCUGGAGAGGAUCAUGGGAAUUGGAACUGCAAAGGGCAACGGCUUCGUCAGCCAGGCAACCUGCUUGCCCGACUACGAGCUGAAGCUGGAUAGCUCGAAAGAUGGACUGGAAACUGUUGAUUUGAGAGUGUCUUGCGUGCUUGGUAACGCUGCUGAUUUGCGCCAGGGGAAGACUGCUGGUGCCAGACACACGUCCCUCUUCAUCUUGGCAGACAAGACCAACAACCAAGUCAUUUACUCUGAGAAAAUCUCGGAUUUGUAUCUGAUGAGGAACACAUACACUUUUUCGACUAGCUAUGUGUUGCCAGCAGCAGAGGACUGCAUAACUGAAAUUGUCGCCAGCAUUUGCAGUGAAACCUGGGUUGGCAUCGACAAGACUGAACUGAUCAAAGUUGACUGCCCUAGAAAAAUCUCUGAGCAGAUGGAAACCAGGGUUGAGGGAAAAAAUGCUCCCACACUUGCUGUCAAAUCUAAAUCACAACCAAAAAAGGCAAAAGCGCCGGCUGCAAAAACAAAAGGGGACGCUGCUGCCAAAAAGAAGCCAUCUAUUUGCACUCAGACUCUAGAAAAAUACAAAAUGCUGCUAAAGAAACCAUCUAGAAUAAUCAGGCCGCAAAUCCAGAUUCAACCUCCUUGCGUGGCCUCUUGCGAGCCAGAAAUCAGGCCUGAGAUUGAGCCUAUGCAAUUAACUGCUCCCUUGGAUGUGGAGAUGACGCCUGCUCCAGAAUGUGUUGAAAAUAGCCCGCCAGCGUCGCUUCAUUCCGGCUCCUCCAGUCCUUCGUACAGCCCUUUGUACUCUCCUUCCAUCAGUGCGGCCUCCUCGCCGCAAGUUAAGAAAACAUACAUCCUUGACUAUCCCUUGCCAAAGCUGAACUUUCAUCUUGAGUUUGAAAGUGACGAUGAUGAGUUUGAGAGCGGCCCCUUCAAAGGCGAAUGUUUGCCUAAGUUGAGCGAUAAGAGGCCAACGCAUACUGUUGUCAACAAGUUUAAAAGGACCCUGAGCCCUGCUAGAGACGCAGAUACCUUCAUGGACACCGUGUUUGAAGCUCUUGGGUCUGCAGUCACGCCUAUCAUCAGUACCUACCUCAAGAGCAGUGCUUUUGAUGUCACUGAGAAUUCCAUCCAUAAGAAUUGCACUGGUAAUUGACAUAAUUAAUCUUUGAAACGAUUAGUUUUGAAGAUUUAUUUCAAGUUUCAACUUCGCGCUUCAAGAAGCCAUGCGUUCUAGUCCGAGAAUGUGAUGUUUCCUUAGUUCAGAUUCAAAACACAACCAAAGUGUGUGAACGUUGAUUUUACUUUUGCUUUCAAUUACACAAGGUCUUAUGUUUAAUUUAAAUGGCGGUGCCAACAGUUGAACUAUUGCAAAUAAAUAUGAUACAAAUAUGGAGAAA